UUGUUUUGCUAUGAUUUGAGUUGUGAAUACAGCUGUAAAGAAAGCACAAUACCCAACUGUUCAAAAGAAACAAGCAUCAGUGUUUUCUUAGUGUGGUCGUCCUCUGUGCAGGUUGUUGCAACUGGGGUGUGCCACACAGACCUGUACCAUCUGUUUGAGGGUAUGCAUAAAGACGGCUUCCCAGCAGUCCUUGGCCACGAGGGAGCCGGCAUUGUAGAGAGCGUUGGGCCUGGAGUCACUGAAUUUCGACCAGGAGACAAGGUGAUUCCUCUGUUCAUAUCCCAGUGUGGAGAAUGCCGCUUCUGUAAGAGUCCCAAAACCAACCAGUGUGAGAAAGGAUGGGCUUCUGAUCGCGUUGAUGUGAUGGCAGCCGUAGACUCCAGGUUUACUUGUAAGGGGAAGAAGGUGCUGCAGUUUAUGGGAACCAGUACCUUCUCUGAGUACACUGUGAUAGACCAGAUUUCUGUGGCUAAGAUCGACCCCGCUGCUCCUCUGGACAAAGUCUGUCUGCUCGGCUGUGGGAUCUGCACAGGAUAUGGAGCAGCAGUUAACACAGCUAAGGUGGAACCGGGCUCAACAUGUGCUGUGUUCGGCCUGGGAGCUGUGGGUUUGGCUGCAGUCAUGGGCUGCAAGGCUGCAGGAGCCAAGAGGAUCAUCGCUGUUGACAUCAAUCCAGAGAAGUAUGAGAAGGCCAAGGUGCUCGGCGCAACCGACUUUGUGAACCCCAAGGAUCACAGUAAACCCAUCAGUGCUGUGUUGUGUGAGAUGACUAAUGGAGGAGUGGACUACUCCCUGGAAUGUGUUGGGAAUGUGGGAGUAAUGCGCAGUGCCUUGGAGUCUUGUGUGAAAGGUUGGGGUGUCAGCGUGCUGGUUGGCUGGACAGACAUGUAUGACGUAGCUACCCGACCCAUUCAGCUCAUUGCUGGCCGUACAUGGAAGGGCUCCCUGUUUGGAGGUGAGAUGCCCAUUG